ACGAUAUUGAUGCUUGUAUUCAUUUGUAAGGACGACCUUAAGCUAACGUUAGCAACAACUACAGGAAAAUAUAUAUUUUCAAUGUUCUGUUCGGCUUGUCGGAUUUUACCGCUCAUAUGUGUGCGUCAUCUUUACUCUUUGAAACAAUUAUUUGCGCAAGAAUGUAAAAUCUCAAGACAGCUGUUUUUUGAAUUUGCCCUACAGCUUUCGUCAACUGUGUUUGGCAUUUGGUUCCUGUGUCGUGUGCUGUGAUAAGUGAAAUACGAUGCAACAUUUAAGGGACCAAAUUGGUGUCAUUUGUAAUAAAAUAUACCACUAUGCAAACUACUAUUCAAUUAGCCGCAUUGUUCCAUGUUAUUCAUGUUCAUAAAAUAUUAAAUGUUACUUGAAAACGAAAUCUAAUUUGUAUUUUCCAUAUUUGCAUUAGCAACAAUCACGACUAACAGAAAAUAUUUUAAUAUUUAGAUUGAAACAACGCUAACCCCCAAUGAACAGACUUGUUUCCGAAUUUGAAACGUUAUUGAUGUAUUAAAAGACGUUAAUUUGUUCAUUCGUGUCGCCAUUCUCCAGCAGCUCAGGGAACCGCAAUGCAUUAUGGGAGCAAAAUACUAUGAAGUGUCUCAUAAAAAGCCCUCCGAUGGAAACACUUUUUGGACUACAUUUUUUUUUUACAGUUUAGAAAUACGGCAACUCCAUCGUGUCAAAGUUACUGUAUAAAACAGAUUAGGUUAUUAAAGCUGUAAUUGUCGUCACACUAACAAUUGGUCGGCCAACUAUUUGUGCUGCCCGGUGGGUAAUCAGUGCAGCACACAAGCGACAACAACUUGUUAUAACAUGAAGGCUCUUUUCAAGUUUGUUUUGUGUGGAUUUUGCAUUGUGAUGACGUUAACAAGCCAUGCUGGUUAGCUAAAAGAUCCAUCUAUUAAUAACCGACACAUCCGGUGAAUGAAGCUCAGCUCGCCUGCUAGCCGAGAUUAGCAAAGUACAGUAAACAGACAGCAGCAUCAGGAUGGGCGACGGUAGCAUUACGACUAAAAUUGGCAGCAUGAAGGCUUUGAUCGGAAUAGUUGCCGGAGCUGGAGCUUCUUAUGGAAUAUACAAACUUCUAAGUGGGGGAGCCUUCAAGAGAUACAAGAAAAGUGUUAUCUGGGAAGGUGCUGCUCUGAAGGGCAGUCAGCCCAGUGAAGACAGGCCUCGACCGGGCAGCCUUUUGGCCAAAGUGUCUGGACUGGAUGUCGUCUGUCCAAGAAGUGAAAGAGCGGAUGCUUCUUCGGGUGACGUCAUCCAUCAGCCCUCUGGUAACCUGCAGCCAGAGCACCUGAAAAUGCUACUGACAUGCCUACAAACCAGUACAAGUCCAUCAGACAGGUGUCACCUCUUACUCACUUUAGGAAAUGCUGCUGCCUUUACUGUGAAUCAGAACAUUAUACGAGAGUUUGAAGGGAUUCCAGUGAUAGGUGGCUUCCUCUCGGACCCUGCAUCUGAAGUUAAAGUACAUGCCCUGAAUGCGUUAAAUAAUCUGUGCAUGAACAUCCAAAACCAGGAACAACUGAAGGUUUAUGUGCCACAAGUGCUGGAAUUGAUUGAGAUGUCUCUGGUGAACUCUGACCUCCAGCUUGGUGCUCUCAGGCUGCUAACAAACCUGUCAGUCACAGACAAACAUCAAUACUUACUCAAGGGGUCUGUGACACUUUUACUCUCACUACUUGUGGUGUGCAAUGAAACGUUACAGGUUCAGACCUUAAAAGUACUGGUGAAUUUGUCAUCUAAUCCAGACAUGAUGGAUGAUAUAGUUCAGGCUCAGGCACCAGCUUCUGUCAUGCUACUCUUUGACAUGCAAACAGCCUCAGCGGUGCUUCUGCGGCUGCUGACGUUUGCUGGGAACUUAAAGGCCUGGAGGCCGUCUGCGCAGGUGGCUGAAGAACUGAGGCGGAAGCAGGACUGCCUCUUUCGGGUCAUGUUGGAUGAGACGUCGCAGCUCCACGGCCGACUGGUUCAGCUGCUGUCGCACCCCAACAGAGAUGUUCAGGCACAGGUGGCCCGUAUAUUGACAUAGACCUUCCUAUUCAUGUUUUUUUUUUAACUAUGCAUUGCCAAAGUCAUCAACCUAACAUCUUUGCAAUCAAAUGAGAAGAAGAAGCGUUAUACUGCAAACUCUACAGUAUAUACCAGCAGUCACUUGCCACUUGUUCUUGGUUUACACUUUCCACUUUUAAUUGGUCAGGAAUGAUUGAACCCUUUUUACAGCAUACCACAGUAAGAAUUUUGACAUGGCAGUUUUCUCUGUAAAGUUCCACAGUGCCCUUUUUUAUAAGAACUUUAUAAGAACAUUUGUUUUCUAAAGAAUGGUAGGACCCCUCUUAUUGUUGUAGAUGAACACAGGAGUACUAUAUUAGGUCCAUACUGUAAGAAAAAUACUAUAAUUAAGAGGGGAAAAAAUCUGUUUUAAAAAAUAAAAAAAAAAGAUGGAAUAAUCCGAGAAUAAAGUAAUCAUUUUCAGUCUUUCUGGAGGCCAGCCAAAUAUCCUUAAUACUAUCAUUAAAUAGUCAUUCAUAUUUAUUAAAAUAAUAUAAUAAAAACUCUUCAGUUCAGAUUAUGGCAUUGUUCUUGUAGCACUGAUCAGAUCCCGAACAGUCCUCAUCUUAACGCGGUCAUACAUUUAUGAUCGAAAUAUUCUGAUUUACCGUAAAAUUAUAUUUUUUACAUAACCAUUUUUUUUCUUGACAUAUCCCUUUAUUUUUGGAACAUUGCAAGCUUUUAAAAAAUAUAUAAUUUCAAGUUAAGUCUCAUAAAAUAGGUAUUUCAUAUAUAAUAAUUACAAAUAUAUAAUAAUUGUAUUUUGAUCAAAUUAGAUGUUUUUUGUUGAAAUGUUAUGGCUUUAAUCUGGAAAAAUGUAAAGCAUUUUUUGUAUUACAAGUUAAGUCUAUAAAUCUAAAAUAAUAAAUAAAAUAAUAAUUUAUAAUAAUUAUAUAGCUAUAUUUACUGCAUAAUUUAAGUAAAAUUUUGAGUAAAAUUAAAUGUUUUUGCUUUAAUUAUUAUGCCAUUAUUCUGGAAUUGCAGGCUUUAUUUAUUCAUAUUAUUACAACUCAUGGAAGUAAAAAUAUUUUUUUCUUGUAAUAUUACAGAUUUAGUCUCAUAAAAUGUUUUUACUCAUGUUAUGAUUUCACUCAGAAGUCACUCACAGUUAAUUUUUUUCUCAGAAAUUAUGAUUUUAAUGUAAAUUUAAGACUUCUAAACUGUAAUAUUACAACUUCAUGAGUUUUUUUUCUCAUAACUGUAUUCUUAUAUGAUUGCAAACAUAAUGGGAACUCAUAAAAAAUACUUUUAUUCCUGUCAUGUUUUGACUUUUUGACUUAUUUUCAAUGUGGCCCCAAUGAUGUUCCAAAAGCAAAUUUUUGUUGUUACUUUUUAUGCUGCAAGCCUUGAGUACACCAACAAAGUGAUGCAUUGGAGCCCCAGUCCUUAACUAACUAUUGAUUCAGUUCAAUUUUUCUCACGGCCUGCCUUUCUAGCACCAAGAAAAGACGGCUGAGAUACUUUGGGAUUUGUGUAAACAUGCCAGCACCACCUGGAAGGUCAUUUGAGGGUGUUGCUGGUCAAUUUUGGUCGACCAGCAGAUCCUCCUGGCAGCACACAAAGAACACGUUGGGACUGUGCAGAAAUACAGCGUAAAUCACAUGUAGUGUUAAAUAUGGUCCUAUGUUUUGAACUGAGAUGUUUUAGACAGGAUUCCAGGAACAUUUGGUGGAUUACAACAAGGACUGAAUGUUAACUACAAGUCCUAUUAUGUACUUACUUUAAUGCGCCAGAUUGGAACGUGACAGAUCCACACGCUUUAGAGUGGUGGACCCAUCUGCUGACCUGGGACAGAGUAUAAGACAUGCACCUUUAUAUUUUGAAAUAUCUCAGGCAAUAACAUUUACCAGUGUCUGGAGGUUGAUUCUCACAUAAAUUAUUUUUUUUAUCAUCUGAUAUAUUUAUGUAGUCAGUAGCUUUGUUUUCAUGAGAUUUUUGUUUUUGCUUAAAUAUUUCAGAGUCAGUAUGUUUUAAUAAAUGUUUUCUGUAAAUGCACGACAUGGACAAGUGUUAUGUUUUAAUGAGGUUUUUUUUCUGUCAAAUAGUCCAAUAAAUGCAUUACAUGGUCAAUUAUUAGCUUUAUGUUUAUUCAUUGUAUGUUUGAAACAAAUUAUACCAAACACCCUCUAUUGUUCACAAAUAUUUACUUCAUUUAUGGACGCAUUUUGAAAGGAUUCCCACGAUAUUGCACCAUAGUAUUUUAUGUGUAUUUACCACUACAUUAGGUAAACCUUAGAAUUUAAUGAGAUCCAAUACAAGAGCUGUAAAUAAAAUCUGCCCUUUCC